AUGCAGCCCCAAGCAUGCCUUCACAUCAAGCGUGACAAAGACGAUUUCGGAAAUCAAGAUCACACUUCACGAGGUCAUCAAACGUUGCAAUAUAGAGACUUCUACUUUACUAGGAAUCCAGAGACCCGCGCGCAAUACAGCAAACGUUGCCCACACAUGGGCUCCUGUUCAGGAUCCAAGUGCGCACAAGUCAACCCAGAUUCGCUCGUAGACGAACUAUACAUCGCGAACAAAUACGUGGGCAUAACGUACUGUACGGAGUCAGUAUACCACGUCCCAACCGAUAGCGAAACAUUUGAAGUUUUUCACUGCCCUACUUGGUCAGAGAAAGCACUUCUAACAUUCGAACAAACAACAUGGCUCGACCGACACAAAUCAUACGACACUGAACUCAAACGCAAUGUGAAAAAGCAAUUGCAUGGCACUACUCUCCAACUAACGUCAAUCGAAACCUCACACAUACUCUUUCAUAGAGAAGGACCAAUUCACAGCAGGUUGCCACAACCUUAUAGCUUCAGCUACGCAUGCAUCAAUGACUAUACACACAACAGUGCUGUUCCGCUAAACCAAAACUGCUCGAUUCAAGACACGUGCAAGUGCAACCCCGCAGAAGAUAGCAUGAAUUGUUACUGUUCGAACAACAAUAUUUCGCAGAUAAUAACUCUAGACCGAAUUCUUCCAAUUCAGCUCCCAGACGCUCAAAUUCGUAGAGAAGGGAGAAACUCCAUCGUUACGAUGAGAACUUCACCGGUCUCCUCAGAGCUUGCAAUAUGGAUAAAUUCCAGCAUCACGCACGUAAAACUCAACAUUGAUGAAUUCACGUGCACCAUCCCCAGCACAAAUAUUGAGGGCUGCUACAAAUGCAUGAAAGGUGCAGUCACUCAUGUGACAUGCACAUCCAACAUCACAAGCCAUAGCAGAACUUCAGUGUCAAACGCAAUCGUUCACAAUACUCUGUUCCUCAAAAGGAUAUCACAACGAAAUACGUUUCUAUUCGAACAAAGCCUACUUUGA